GCGAGACGCAUACGGCUUCGCGUUCGACAUUCUCCCUCCAUCCCCCUCCCUUGUGUACAGAUAGCCCGCUUUGUCCGACCGACAGCUCUCCUUUAUUACGGCCGGAGGGUGACUUCAAGCUUCUUUGUAGUAGCCUAUAUCUGCGGCGCAAAACAAUAAUGAGCGGGACAGAAAGCAUACCAUCGGAUCCCAGUGAACUCCAAGAUGUAGUGCGCCGUCAAGCGGCAGAAUUGAGAAAAAUCACUGCUGAGAAGGAAGCGCUAUUAAACAAGGUGGAGGCGAAUGAACAGACGUAUAAAGAGGCGCUUCAGCUGCACCUUGACAGUGCCACAUUGGAGAAGGCACGUUUGGAAACAUCUCUAGCUUCGCUCAAGAAAGACCAGCAGGUUCGCUCUGAAGAGUUUCAAAAGCAACUGGAGACCUUACGCACACCCGGGGAUAGCCCCAAUGAGGAUGAGCUUUUGGUAUCACUUUCCAAAGCCAUCGAAUCCGAUGAUCUACAGCACAUCAAGGACUUGGCUAAGCAACUGAAAGACCGCGUGACAGUACAAGACGCUCUGAUCAAAAAACUGAAGUUUGAGCUUGACAUGGAGUGCGGUCAUGUAAACAUACUGCGGGCGGAAAACCAAAAAUUGCGGCAAAUGACAGUGGAGCUGCAAGCAUCUGCUGAACAGGAAGAAGAGUAUAUUGCUAAUAAAUUGAUGAAACGCAUUAACCACCUCAAAAAAGAAAAGGGAGAGCUUCUGCUGAAGGUUGAGCAAGAGGAGGAAAUGAUCACAAAUACAUUACAAAAGAAACUAUCCCAGUUGCAGAAAGAGAAAAUCGAUAUGGAGCUUGCUCUAGAGCAGGAGCAAGAAUUUAUUGUAAAUCGUCUGCAAAAACAGCUGGAGAGUUUACGCCUUCAGCAAACAUCUGCUAAUACUCCGAGAAAGAUGUCGCAUCCAACGCACAGUCCAAAUGCAUCUAUGGUCGACUUUCCGGUGUCCCCGGGGGUUGCCGAAGUGCUUCGAGCUGAGGUGAACUCCCUAAAAACCAGAAUACACGAUAUGGAAACAGAAUACGAGGACGGUGCAAACACAUGCGGUGAACUCUACAGCAAGCUGCGGGAAGAGGUCAUUGCUCUUCGAGGUCGCUUGUCGUUACCUGUUGACGACAUUGACCGACAAUUCCCACAAGUGCUUCCGGCUCUUGUACAACGCAGCCGAUCUUCAUCUAGCCUCUCUGUCAAUGACCGCUCCCGAUCUGCCAGUUCGACCUCAGUUCGCCGAUCGCCGUCAGAGACGUCAGUGGGGCCACAGGAUCCGUCGCUGAGAUGGGAUCGGCGGUCAUCGCGAUCUGUUAGUUCCACUCGUGGAUCCAUUAUGAGUACCACUUAAGAAUCAGACGCAGGUUGCACUUCAUGUGACUCGAAUCGCGGGUAGACCGAACUUAAUACAUGAAGCGUGCUUUGAUUGCCGCCGCCGCUUUGAAUUUGAACACCAAUAUGCGAUUUAUUCUAAGAAGAGACUAUGACACGGAAGCCACUACGGAGUAUUGUAGUAUGGUUGGCAUAUGGGGUUGGUACGCCCAGUACGAAAUGUGUAGCACAUUGCCUCUUGUAGUUUCCAUAGCUUUACAACAGGUUUUCAUCAUCAGAUGAGAACUAGCGACAAUGACUCUUAGAAAACCCCACUGGUAUUGUCCUCAUCAUUUGCUUUUGGCUGGGUCAGUCAUCGCAUACAGCUGGUCAGUAGGUCUUUUGAUCAUGUUUGUUUAUUUACUCGUGCAACCGCAUCCAAUACUGAGCGCAGAAGUAUGGACAAAUAAAGUUAUGAAUUCAAACAGGA